AUGCGGCAAUUGUCAACCAUCACCUCGAAAGCUCUCGGAAGGAGCAGCAGCAGCAAUAGAAUCUUGGGUGUCGGAGGAGGUCCCGCCAACUAUUCCUAUGCUCAUAGUGGUCAGAUAUGGCGGUGGGCGCAACGGCGGUGGCGAGUCCGAGACCCGACGACCACAACUUACCGACGGGGGUUGGGCACUUCACGGGGCCGUCAUCUGAUACACCCCAAGAGGCAGCUCUUACAAACACGGGCGAAGGGGGAGGAUGCAAGGGGAAUGCACACUCACGGGGUUGAGCAAGGGGAAAUCGGGAAUACCAUAUACGCCCUCGCAACGGCAUCUGGGAGGGCGGCUAUCGCUGUGGUUAGGGUUUCGGGGCCGGCUUGUUUGAAUGUCUACUCAUCCCUCUGUCCCUCCCGCCCACUUCCUACCCCACGCAAGGCUACUCUGAGGACACUGUACCGCCCCAAUUCUCCCAAAGAAGUCCUCGACCCAGGCGCUUUGGUGCUCUUCUUUCCAGCACCGAAUUCGCACACAGGCGAAGAUGUGCUAGAACUCCACCUUCACGGGGGCCCCGCCAUAAUCCGUGCAGUCCUCUUCUCCAUCUCAACGCUAUCCACACCCCAGCUUUCCAUCCGUCCAGCGGGUCCUGGAGAGUUCACCCGCAGGGCAUUCACCAACAACCGGCUCUCGCUACCACAGAUAGAAGCACUGGGAGACACUCUCUCGGCAGAAACCGAGCAGCAGCGCAAACUCUCUGUUCAAGCUACCACCUCAGGCCUAAGCCGUAAAUAUGAGCAAUGGCGGCGAAUGCUGCUCUCGGCCAGAGGCGAGUUGGAGGCUAUAAUCGACUUCUCGGAGGACCAGCAGUUCGACACUGCCCCCGCGGAAAUGUGCUCCAACGUUGUUUCCCUCGUCCAGGAGCUGAAGCCCAUGCUGCAGCUGCAUGUGGAUAAUGCUGUUCGCGGGGAGUUGCUACGCGGUGGGAUAAGCCUUGCACUUAUUGGUGCUCCGAACGCCGGGAAGAGUUCACUACUGAAUAGGGUUGUAGGGAGGGAGGCUGCGAUCGUUUCUGGAGAGGCGGGAACGACUAGGGAUGUGGUCGACUUGUCGGUAGACAUUGGCGGGUACAUGGCUCUGCUGGCGGACACGGCUGGCCUUCGGAAGGCAGAGCUCGCAGGGGAAAUCGAGAAGGAGGGCAUGUGGAGAGCAAAAAAGAGGGUUCAGGACAGCCACGUCGUCAUCGCUGUCCUAUCAAUCGAAACCAGGAACGACAAUAACGGCAACAACACUCCGUACCUACCCAUACCCGACGAAGUCCUUGAAGUCCUCCGCGAGGCACAAGACCAGUGUAAACCAGUCCUCAUCGCGGUAAACAAGACCGACCUUCUCCACCUCCCAACAGGCCAAACACUCCCGGAGCGCUUCCUCAACCAAAUAACCCCACAUUUCCCAGCCCUCCAGCACACCCACAUCCACGGGAUAACAUGCACGCACCCCUCCCCUUCCGAUGGCAUUCAACCCCUCCUAAGAACCCUAACCCAAAUCUUUACGCAAAUCACUACCGCAGAAAUAGACAGUGACGCAUCCUCCUCUCUCGGAGAUGCAAUCGGAGCAACAGAUCGUCAACGCAGGCUCCUGGAAGAAUGUAUAUCCUAUCUGGACGCCUUCCUGGACAGGAUCGCGGGGGAGGACUGUGAGACUGACAUGGUCGUCGCAGCGGAGGAGCUCCGCUUUGCUGCGGGGUGUCUUGCACAAAUUACUGGGAUAGGGGAAGGUAGUGGCGAUGUGGAAGAGGUCCUCGGGGUCGUUUUCGAGAAGUUUUGUGUUGGCAAGUGA